AUGGGCGCCGCAAGCCUGCUCUGGGUUUUCUUGGCUCUCGUCACGCCAGGGGUCCUCGAUCAGUGAAAGUUCCUGCCAAGGUAUCCUUUUGCUAAGCCUGAAGUUCAGAGUGAUCAGCCAGAGUUUGCUGUUGGGACAUCUUGGGACUAUGAAUGCCUUCCUGGGUAUAGCAGAAGGUCAUUCUUUGCCACCUGCCUAGAGACCUCCAAGUGGUCAGAUGCUCAGCAAUACUGUAAACACGAUAAAUCAUGUGUAAGUCCCAGAGAACCUCUCCAUGGCUCUGUUCUCACACACAUGAGUAUCGAGUUUGGGUCAACAAUUACAUAUUCUUGUGAUGAAGGAUAUUGACUCUUUGAUGACUCAUCUGCUACAUGUAUUAUCUCAGGCAAUACUGUAACCUGGGAUCAGGACAUGCCUUUAUGUGAAUCUAUUCCUUGUGAGUCACCCCCAGUCAUCUCCAAUGGGGACUUUUCUAGCAAUAGUAGAGAUUUUUACUGUGGAAUGGUGGUGACUUAUCAGUGCCAUGUUGGACAGAAUGGGAAAAAGCUCUUCGAUCAUGGUGAAAAGUCAAUAUAUUAUACCAGCAAAGACAAUCCAGUUGGCAUCUGGAGUGGUCCUCCUCCUCAGUGUAUUAAAAUAGUCAAAUGCCCAAUUCCGGAAGUUGAAAAUGGAAUUAUGGAAUCUGGAGGUAGACAUGCAUUUUCCUUAAAUGAUACUGUGAUGUUUAAGUGUAAGCCUGGCUUUACCAUGAAAGGCAGCAGCGUGGUAUGAUGCCAACCAAACAGCAAAUGGGAUCCUCCACUGCCAAGGUGCUUCAAGGGAUGUCCACCACCUCCACAUAUCUGCCAUGGUAAUUAUAACAAAAUGGAUAAGGAAUUCUUAGCAAUUGGACAGGAAGUGUCCUACAACUAUGAGCCUGGUUACACUCUCAUGGGAGCUAACCAUACGUCCUUAGGAACCUGGAGCCAUACAGCCCCCAAAUGUGAAGUGGAAUCAUGUGAUGCUGCUCCAGACCAGCUUCUCAAUGGUCAGGUGGUGGCUCCUCCUAUCCAGUUUGGGGCAGAGGUUUCUUUUGUUUGUAAUGAGGGGUACCUGUUCAAUGGCAAAUCUUCUAGUAAGUGUGUCUCAGAAGGGAUGGGAGUAUGCUGGAGUAAUAAGUUUUCUGUCUGUGAAUGGAUUUUUUGUGACCCUCCUCCUUCAAUCAAAAAUGGCCACAGUGUUUAUGUUUCUGGCCCCAUACCUGUUAAUACUUUGGUGAGGUACACUUGUUCACCUAACUUCCGCAUCAUUGGAGAAAAAAAUCUUUUUUGCAUUAGUAAAGACCAGGUGAAAGGAAUCUGGGAUAAAGCUGCUCCUAUAUGUGAAUAUAUCAACAAAAGAGCUAUUUGCUCUGAGCCCAUAGUACCAGGGGGACACAGGAACAAAAUAUCAAAACCACCGUACAGACAUGGUGAUUCUGUGACUUUUAUCUGUAAUACCAACUUCACCAUGAAAGGAAACAAGACCGUUUGGUGUCAAACAAAUUCAAAAUGGGGACCGACACCACUACCAAUCUGUGAGAGUGAUUUCCCCCUGGAUUGUCCACCACUUCCCAUGAUACCCAAUGGACAUCACACAGGAGAGAAUGUUAGCUCCUUUGUCCCUGGAUUGUCUGUGAAUUUCCGCUGCAAACCUGGUUACUUGCUUGUUGGAGAACAAACCAUUCAUUGUUUGUCUUCAGGACACUGGAGUACUGUCGUUCCAAAGUGUGAAGAGGCACGUUGUACACCUCCAGGACCAUUGCUCAAUGGGAUGAUAAAGGAACCUCCAAACCUUCGGGUUGGCGUAACUGUGAGCUUUUCCUGUGAUGAAGGGUAUAGUUUACAAGGCCCAACUUCUGGUCAGUGUGUAAUUGCUGGACAGAGAGCUUUAUGGACCAAGAUGCCAGUAUGUAAAGAAAUUCUCUGCCCACCACCUCCUCCUAUUCUCAAUGGAAGACACACAGGCAACCCUUCAAUGAACGUUCCAUAUGGAAGUACAGUCACUUACACUUGUGACCCAGGCCCAGAGAAAGGAGUGGGCUUCAUCCUGACUGGGGAGGCCACGAUCCACUGUGCCGCUGAGAGUGGAGAGACUGGGACCUGGAGCGGCCCUGCCCCACGCUGUGAACUUUCUGUUUCUGGGAUUCGGUGUCCACCUCCCCAGAUCCUUAGAGGCCAAAUAUUGUCUGGACAGAAAGAUCAAUAUUCAUAUAAUGACACUGUGGUAUUUGCUUGCUUGUUUGGCUUCACCUUGAAAGGGAGCAAGGGAAUACGUUGCAAUGGCCAAGGCACCUGGGAGCCAUCUCUGCCAGUCUGUGAAAAGAAGUGCCAAGCCCCUCCUAAAAUCCUCAACGGGCACAAGGAAGAUGGACAGAGAAUCAGCUUUGAACCUGGAACAUCUAUAAAAUACAGAUGUGACCCUGGCUAUGUGCUGGCGGGAGAAGAAUCCAUACAUUGUACCUCUGCGGGGGUGUGGACACCCACUGCCCCCAAAUGCAAAGUGGCAGAGUGUGAACCUGUAGGAAAGCAUCGUUAUAGAAAACCCCAGGAUCAAUAUAUUAGACGAGAUGUUAACUCUUCUUGUGAUGAAGGGUACUGGUUAGGUGAGAGUGUUUAUCAGCUGUGUCAAGGCCCGAUUCCUUGGUUUAUGGAGAUUCGUCUUUGUAAAGAAAUCACCUGCCCACCGCCCCCUGUUAUCUACAAUGGGGCACACACAGGCAGUUCCUCAGAAGACAUGCCAUAUGGAACCACAGUCACUUAUACAUGUAACCCUGGGCCAGAGAAAGGAGUGGCAUUCGACCUCAUCGGCGAAAGCAGCAUCCGUUGUGUAAGCAGCAGUCACGGAAGAGGCAUCUGGAGUGGCCCUGCUCCUCUCUGUAAACUUUCCCUCCCUGCUGUUCAGUGCUCGUAUCCCAACGUUGCAAAUGGAUACAAGACAUCUGGCAAGGAAGCCCCAUAUUUCUACAAUGACAGCGUGACAUUCACAUGCAAUGAUGGAUUUACUUUGAAGGGCAGCAGUCAGAUUCGUUGCAAAGCCAAUGAUACCUGGGACCCUGAAAUACCCAUCUGUGAAAAAGACUGCCAGCCACCUUCCCGGCUCCCCCAUGGUCGGCAUACAGGUGGAAACAGGGUCCUCUUUGUCUCUGGGAUGACUGUAGACUACACCUGUGACCCUGGCUUCUUGCUUGUGGGAAACAAAUCCAUUCACUGUAUGUCUUCAGGAAAUUGGAGUCCUUCUGCCCCUCGGUGUGAAGAAGCACCAUGUCAUCCUGUGAGAGAAGAUGUUCAAGAGCGUCCAGUUGAUUCUCAUGUGAUUCCAGUUAAUACAUCCUGUCCAGAUGGGUACCAGCUGACUGGACAUAACUAUCGGGAGUGUCAAGAUGCUGAGAAUGGGGUUUGGUUCCAAGAGAUUCCACAGUGUAAAGCCCUUCACUGUCCGCCUCCGCCCGUGGCUGACAAUGGGAGGCACACCGGUGUGAUGGCAGAACACUUUCGAUAUGGAACUGAAAUCUCUUAUGAAUGUGACCAAGGAUUCUCUCUUCUGGGAGAGAAAACUAUACGAUGCAUCCGUGAUUCUGCAGGAGGUGGAUCUUGGAGUGGACCACCCCCGCAGUGCUUCAAACCUCCUCCUGUGACCCACUGCUCUAACCCAGAAGUCAAACAUGGAUACAAGCUGAAUAAAACUCGUUCAUCAUAUUCCCACGGUGACAUUGUAUACGUUGCUUGCAACCCCGGCUUCAUCAUGAUUGGCAAUGACUUGAUUACAUGUCAUACCAAUAACAAAUGGGUGCCAGGUAUACCCACUUGUGUCAAAAUGGCCCUUGUAGGAUGUCAGCCUCCAUUUGAGAUCCCCAAUGGGAAUCAUACCGGCAGAGAUACAGCUCAAUUUUUGGCCGGAAUGUCAGUCCUGUACAGCUGUGAGGAAGGCUACCUGCUGGUGGGAGACGCCCUCCUUCACUGCACACGUGAGGGAACCUGGGAUCCUCCGGCUCCUAAUUGUAGAGAGAUGAACUGUAGCUUCCCAGAGUAUAUGAAUGGAAUGCAGAAGGGGCUGGAGUCUGGGAAAAAGUAUCAGUAUGGAGAAACUGUUACUUUGGAAUGUGAAGAAGGAUACACCCUGGAAGGCAGUCCUCAGAGCCAGUGCCAGGAGGGUCACGGAUGGAACCCUCCCCUGGCUGUUUGCCGAUCGCAGAGCUCACUUGUUCCUCUUCUCUGUGGUCUUUCUGCAGGUUCUGUGAUUCUUAUCUGCUUGAUUGGGGCCACGUUACAGAUGAUAUCAAAAUACAGAGUACACAAUUAUUACACAAAUAAAAGCUCUGCAGAAGAUCUUCAUUUAGAAACACGAGAAGUAUAUUCUAUUGAUCCAUACAACCCAGCAAGCUAAUCAGAAGACAAACUGUGUGCCUUCUUGCUUGGAAUCCAACUGAAUGUGGAUUGGAAAGAAACCAUUUGCAUAUCAGCA